AUGUUCCCUAGGUCAACACCACACCUCAAGUAUCGCAAGAUCCAGGACCUACUCGAGGUCAAGGAAUUGGAGUGGUACAGGGACAAAUAUGCGUAUGUGUCGGUCGGGAUCGAUUAUGCGCUCGAGAUACGGAACGUGCACACCAACAAGAUUGCGAACUUCACGCCGGUCUGCGACUAUGACACCGUGAGCCGGGCCUUCGAGCGGAAGACGCAAUCCUUGCAGGAUAGCGAACAAUUCACCCAGCUCAAGGCCACUCUCGCCUCGGCUGCAGUCCCGUCUGGCAUCGACAAGAUUGUUGCGUUCGCAUGUUGUACGAUGACCGGGGAGGCAAAUGCCAUCCAAACUUCGCACAGCAUGGGCCAGCACAGUUUAGUUGUGGCGCUCCGAGACUUCUUGACCAGCAGGGGCGGAACGGCGGCACCCGGGGAAAGCGGGUUCCGAGAUGAGAUGCUAUUCCCAGGACCCAAUCUACACGUCAAUCGACAAGCAGGUUCUACGCGAUGUUGGCAUUACCGUGGUCGACGAUCCGAAGGGCUUCCUUCGAAGUCGACGAAGCAAGUGUCGUCUUUUGCUCCUAACCCGAACAUUCCCAUCAGGCAGGUGGUGGCGGAUAUUGGCCCGGCCUGCACUGGAUCAUCUGGAAACGGCGGUCGUCCAAGAAAGACGGGGGUGCUGGCUCGCUGCGAUCCCGAAGGUCGUCCCCGUGUCUGGCAGAUGAUGAAAGAAUAUGUCGAGCUUCCGUUUCCGUUCAACAAUCAGUACGGGCUUGAUGGCAAGCUGGCCAUACUAGGAACCGCAGGGACGCGGACGGCAGAUGAGUCGGGUGCCGAGUGGAGGGGCUCAUGGUGGCUCGCUCAAGGACAUGACAAGUUACUGACCAACGAGAGGCCAAUAUCAAGAGGUGUUUUGCGCCGCCAAACUUGGCGGGGACCAUUACCAAGGAGGCUGUUGUGGGAUACUCACUGCACACAGUAA